GCAACCCAUAGAUCAAAAGUGGAGGGAGCUCGAGACAAACUCCCGCCAAAUUGAACGGAGGUCAUUCCCUCACCGUUCUGCUACAGUCUCUACCGCUGCAAGAAUCAGUCGUCCGUCGAACGAAUGAGGACAGAUGAAGGAGGCGGCGGAGAUGGGAGGCCAGACGGUCUGGAAAUCGUCUCUAUCGGAACUCCCUACUCUGGACCUUGGAACAAGAAGUACUGGAGCAGUUCUAGGGGCAAAGUUCGCUAUCCUUAUCGGUGGGAUACCAUGCUCGUCGAACAUAUAACGGGGCCAUGUAUAAGCUAGAAAUCAGUGAAGGUCCUAAAGGGCCGUUAUUCAUGAUCACUUCUCCUGAUGGAGAUUCUUGCUCUGCUCAUACUCCAGAUAUUACCUGGGAUAAAUUUCAGAAGAAGAGCUGCCAAAAAAGCAGAAUUGGCAUGAGAAAAGGCUUUCGGGCAAGGUUGAUGGCAUAGAGUUUUUUGGGUUCAAGAGUCCUUCAGUGCAGAGGCUGCUUCGAGAACUUAAGUCAAAUGUCAAUGAAACUGCUGAACAGAGUGUUUUGGUACCAGUCGGAGCAACGAUUUAGCUAGAGGAGAACACAAUGAUCAAUUGCAGCUUGCUUGCAAAAGUCCUGAUCUAGUAGUACCAGACAUGGAAAAGCCUCUGGUGACUGGGAAAAGAAUUAAGAGGACAAAAACCAAAGCUGUUACUCCAUCAAGUGUUUCUCGAUUGAAAAGACCCCGUAGAGGUCGUCCUGUGUCCAGUACCGAGGUCGUUUGUUAUUCUGUAAAGGAGAAUCAUGAGCGGCAGAGUUCCCUGUCUCCCUCUUCCUUUGGCUCUACUGGGGAGCCUGAAAAUUGCAAGCUUAUUUCAACAGCUUUACCAUUUAUAUCCAUCGUUCAAGACAAAAACUAUAAAUCGUCAGCCGUGAAUGGCUUGACCUUGCAAUCUGGUGAUGACUCGAAUGGUAAAAAGGACGAAAUGAUCAUGACCCUUGAAGAAAGGAAACUUGCUGGUUCAGAAAUUUACGCAUGCAUCGAUGCAGUCAAUGGCUUAAAUAUACAGGGAAAUAUUAUUGAUAGGUCACCAGAUAGUAAAUUUAGAACAUCAGCAAAUGGCAAAGAUAGGGACGAAUGCAUCCAAGACGGUACUUUAUGUGUUCCUGGGGAUGAUCUUUGUGCACCUGAUACCUUGGAUUCCUUGGAAGAGCCUGUUUCGAAUGCACAUGUGACAAGUACCCGUAUGGAUGAAGAAAAGUUGAUAGUAGCGUCUGAGGCUUGCAUUUCUAAACGACUGGUCACUGAAUCACAUCCAGGAGAUGAAUUAGACACAAGGGUGACGAGCCCAGGCAUUGAUAAAGAAGAGCUAAUUGUAGCUGAUACUUUCAUGUCUGAAGGAGUGCUAUCUGAAUCACAUAUGGAGAAUGAAAUGGCUUCAGGCAGUUCAAAUGGAAGCUCUGAAAAGUUUGACUCUGAUUCAGUUGGUCAAGAAAUAGACAAGUCAAUGAUGACACUUCUUCUUCCACAAGCUAUCCCUCUUCUUAAGAAAGCCUCGAACAAGAAAAGGAAAUCCAAUGCCACAGUGCAAAAUUUUGUCUCUAGCACCAAGGCUCGGGAGGGAAAUAAAGCUACUUCGGGUGUUCAUUCUCCUAAAAUAGAGCAUACUAAUGAUGUCGUUUUAGACAGUCUUGAGAAUGAACAAUGUGAGGUGGGACGACAACUUGUGCUGCUCACUGAUAAUGCUGAGUGUGAGCAAUCUGCUGAUGGAAAAGAUGGAAGACCUCCUCACAGUUGUGAUGACCUUGUAAAUGGAGAUGCAAGGAAGUCGGAUUUGGGAAUCUCAGUACGAUCCCCCGAAUGCAUUACUAUUGUAGGCAGCCCGACUGGAACUGGGAGUCAAAACUCAACUCCAGGCACCCGGAAGGUAUAUACCAGAAGAAAGAUUACUUCUAAAGCAACGAACAAUGGCUCUCCUCUAUCAGAAAGCACAACAUGCAGAACCUAUGAAGGAGGCUGUGAAGAAAGUUCUAUGCUUGAUUCUGAAGCUUUGAAUGUGAGUCCUUCAAUUGGUGCUCUCGAGGAUAGGACCAGCACUGGGGGGGAACUCCACACUUUGCAAGUGGAGGAAAUCACCUUGAGUUGGAGACCCAAGUUGGAUGAUCUGCCUAUAUGUGUGUCAACUGAAGGCGAACAUGCUUCAAACAUGCUUCUUCCAUCAGUUCCAGUUUCAGAAGAAACCCAAACUAAUUGCAAGGACAGAUUAGUGGAGCAAAAUGCUGUGGUCGAUGCCCAUGGUUCCGUAAGAUCUUCUUCCAAUGAAAAGGGUUUGGAGUCAUCAAGUGGUAAAGAAGUUCGAGCUAAUGCUGACCUGAACAUCCAUCGAAGUUUUGAGCUCGACUUUAACUUAGAAGGAAUUGCUGAGUAUGUGGGCUGCUAUAUCCAUCCGCUGCCUGUUCUGCACCUGUGGUUGAGCUCACAAGAAAAUGAAAUCUACAUUUGUGCCUUAUGUGGUCUUCAGAACAAAGACGGGACCCUGUUUCUUUAUAAGUUAUCAAGGACAGGUUGCCCAUCUUUGUUGGUCAUACUACUGUCAGCUGGCCACCUGCAGUGCAUAUCUUUGGCAAUGUUCCACCUGAAAGAUCCAGUUUUCAACUGACCCCAAAUGGGCAGCUUCUUGUUCUACAUGGCAGCAUAAAAGUGCCUUGUUGCAGGGAAGGGAGGGUUGAUUGUUUGUGCUCUACAUGUAAAGCAGACAGCCGUAGUAGCAGCUCAGUGAAGAUUUUAAGAGUCAAGUUGGGAUAUGUUUCGGUGUUAUUGGAGCUAAGAACAGAUGAAGUGGUUGAAUGUAUCCUUGUCUGCGACCUAAUCAUCUGGUUGCUGCUGGUGAAAGUGGUAGACUCCAUUUGUGGACCAUGGACACAACAUGGAGCACUUUGAAAGACCAGCACACUAUAUCAACAAAGGAUUACUAUUCGCCUAAAAUCGUGGAGUUGAAGAGCAUUCCUCAAAACUCAUCUCUAGUUGUAGGCCACGAUGGCUUUGAGGAGUUUACUCUCUGGGACAUCUCGAAACGGGCCUUCAUUGCAAGAUUCACCGGUCCAGGAACUUCGAUUUAUGCGUUCCACCCCAUCAGCCGGUUUGGCUGGCCCAAAAGGGAAGCCCAUCACUCCAGGUCCUACAACCUGGAGGAACAUGUGAAGAGAAUGAUGGAAGCCACAAAAUUGUCAUUGACAGAGUCAUCUCCUGGGAGGACGGUGAAGAUAUUGCCAUCUGGCUUCUCGUCGCAACAAAGCCAAGUGACCACCUAUGGAUCGCUUGGAUGCUGGAGGCUAGCUUUAAUGGCCAGAAACACCUUGAUCUUGGGAACCACUCUGGAUCCAGGCUGUUGCCACGUCAGGUGGCAAUGGAAUCGUCGGUACACGGGAUGGAGCUGUCUACAUGUGGGACUUGUCGAGGGGGAACAGACUUGGGGCUCUCCAUCAUUUCAAAGGUGGAAGUGUUUCGUGCAUUGCUACAGAUGAUUCGUGGAGGAGACGAGGUUUCUUGGCAGUUGGGAGCCGGACAGGUGAGUUAUUGGUUUGCCGACACUUGUAGAUUGGCGAGAUUUAAAACGCCAAAGGGAAAGAAAGAAGCUUCGAUUUUCCAGUACUUGCUAAUCUUGUGUAGCUGCUGCCGGUCCUUCUUUCAUUAGUUUAGUACAAAUUAGACACUCCAGGUUCUGCCCAAAGCAAUGCGCUGAAUACCCUUCUAAUAUUUUGUCACUUUUCUCAUAACGACUCAACGAGGGUGCCAUCAUGGUCAUUUUGUAACGACGAGACCUGUUGUCUUGAAACUAGAUGAAAGUAAAAUAAAGGUUGUUUGGUUUUGGUGAUAGUUUAAUUGGGAUAGUUACAAUGCAUGUAAUGUUCAUAAUGCGUCU